AUGCACAAAAAUUGCAUUCAGCAGUCGAUUUUAUCAGUGUUUCAAAUGCAAAGCGGCAAAUUGCGUUUAUAAGCAUUUGCAUCUGAAUUUUUUUUUUUUAAUUCUUCCAGUUCCCGAUGCUGUCCAGAGCCUUUUUUCAUCAUGAAAAAUGCAUGCAAAGCGUUUUCAAGGUACUCAGAUGGACAAAACACUGACCACAGGAUGUUCCUACCAAACUUGUCACACAUUGUAAUGACCAAUUCACACCUCAGACCUCUCCCACCCUUGGAAACAAAAAAUAUGUUAAUGCCUAUUCACACCUCAAAUUCCUCAUGA